CUCUCUCGUCUCCGUCCACCACCGUCGUCCCUUUGCGUUUGACUCAACACCUCGCUCUCCUCCCUUCUCUUUCCUCUCUCCUCCCUCUCUCUCUCUCAUCGCCAGUCUUUGUGCUCUUCUUCUUCUCUCCCGUCUCUUAUCCAACACGCCAUCACCCAACUCUCUCUCUCUCUCUCUCAAAAUAUUUGAUCUGAGCCCUCUGUUUUUUUAUUUCAGAAGUGUCUCUUCUUGUUCAGAACUCAACUAGAGACACAAACCCACACCACAACCAUCAUCGCACCAGUCCUCUCCAUCUUUUUCGUCACUUUGAAAGCGUUAUUAUGAGUAGUCAAAGACUAAUCUUUCUGAACAUCACUGUUUGUUUUUGAGGUUUCUAAAAAGCUUGAAUCUUUGUGGGUUGUAUAGUCCUCAUGGCUGGUAGCAAUGAAAUCAACGCUAAUGAAUCCAAGAGAGUGGUUCCACUGAAUACAUGGAUCCUCAUAUCAAACUUGAAGCUAGCUUACAACAUGCUUCGCCGCCCGGACGGCACAUUCAACCGUGAUCUAGCCGAGUUCCUCGAUCGCAAAGUCCAAGCCAACACAAUCCCAGUUGACGGAGUCUACUCUUUCGACGUGGUCGAUCGAUCCACAAGCCUCCUCAAUCGAGUCUACAGACCAGCCCCAGAAAACGAGUCUCAAUGGGGUUUAGUAGAGCUGGAAAAGCCCUUAAGCACCACUGAAAUCGUACCUGUAAUCAUCUUCUUCCAUGGAGGAAGCUUCAGUCACUCCUCCGCCAACAGUGCCAUUUACGACACGUUUUGUCGCCGCCUCGUUUGCCAUUGCAAGGCUGUUGUGGUGUCUGUUAACUAUCGCCGAUCGCCCGAGCAUCGAUACCCUUGUGCUUAUGAUGAUGGAUGGGCUGCUCUGAAAUGGGUUCACUCUAGACCUUGGCUACAGAGUGGGAAAGAUUCAAAAGCCUAUGCUUACUUAGCUGGAGAUAGCUCUGGUGGUAACAUUGCUCAUCAUGUUGCAGUGAGAGCAGCUGAAUCAGGAGUUGAAGUAUUGGGUAAUAUACUUCUUCAUCCUCUGUUUGGCGGGCAAGAAAGGACUGAAUCAGAGAAGAAAUUGGAUGGAAGAUACUUUGUGACGAUUCAAACCCGGGAUUGGUAUUGGAGAGCCUAUUUGCCAGAAGGGGAAGACAGAGAUCAUCCUGCUUGUAACCCGUUUGGACCGAGGGGGAGACCGAUUGAUGAUCUGAUCAAUUUCCCGAAAAGUCUUGUGGUUGUGGCGGGUUUGGAUCUUCUUCAGGAUUGGCAAUUGGGUUAUGUUGAAGGGCUCAAGAAAUCAGGACAAAAGGUGAAACCCUUGUUCCUGAAACAGGCCACGAUCGGGUUCUACUUCUUUCCAAACAAUGACCAUUACUAUUGUCUCAUGGAUGAGAUAAACAGCUUCGUGAAUUCUAACUGUUAAUAGAGCGUAUAAUAAUAUUACUAAUUACUACUACUCUUAACUUUGAACAGAAGCUUUUGACACUUCACUCGGGUUCUUUUUUUCUCUCCCCCUUUUGCAGUGAUCUCGUGUAGUUACAUAUUAUUGUGUAGUUGUUGUUGUCGUCAUGGUGGUGACUCUGGGUACCGGUUGUUGUUCGCUCUGAUUAUAUUUGCCAUUGCCAAUUGCCUUUCUUGGUGCAGAAAUGGGGUUUUUUUUGCAACAUGAGAAGGCUGGUUGCUUUGGUUAGUUUCAGCAGAAAUUGUGACUCAUUCAUGGCAGCAUUUUAGCAGAAAAUACUAAAAUUUCAAGCUUUUACCCCGUUGAGCCUUCGACCAUGGAGGAUGAGGGAGGUGUAGUGCGUACUACUACAAUGGGGGGUAAAGUUUGGUGGGUUGUUGAUUUGGGUUUCAGUAUAUGGCUACUACUAUUGUAAAAGCUAAUUUCAGAAGAUGAACUGGGAAAAUGUUCAUGCUAUAACUGCUGUGAACUUGUAUGUUAUACUUGUGCUCUAGAAAUAUAUAUAUAUAUAUAUAUAAAGGUUUUGUUUGGUAACUAA